UCUGAGGCUUACGGGCCGACUCCACAGCUGGUUUGUGCUUGGACCUGUGCCGCGGCGGCAGGUCCCUCCACGUGCAUUCUGCAGCGACAUGGAGCUGGAAGAGUUGGGCAUCCGAGAGGAAUGUGGCGUGUUCGGGUGCAUCGCCUCAGGCGAGUGGCCCACGCAACUAGAUGUGCCGCAUGUGAUCACUCUGGGACUCGUGGGGCUACAGCACCGGGGUCAGGAGAGUGCUGGUAUCGUGACCAGUGAUGGGAGUUCAGUGCCGACGUUCAAAACACACAAGGGAAUGGGUCUUGUAAAUCAUGUCUUUACUGAAGACAGUUUGAAGAAAUUAUAUGUUUCAAAUCUUGGAAUUGGACACACAAGGUAUGCCACUACAGGAAAGUGUGAAUUAGAAAAUUGUCAGCCGUUUGUUGUUGAAACACUUCAUGGGAAAAUAGCUGUGGCACAUAAUGGUGAACUGGUAAAUGCUGCUCGAUUAAGGAAAAAGCUUCUGCGUCAUGGUAUUGGUCUGUCCACAAGUUCUGAUAGUGAAAUGAUUACCCAGUUACUGGCAUAUACCCCUCCUCAGGAACAAGAUGACACCCCAGACUGGAUAGCAAGGAUCAAAAACUUAAUGAAGGAAGCACCCACAGCAUACUCCUUGCUUAUAAUGCACAGAGAUGUUAUUUAUGCAGUACGAGAUCCUUAUGGAAAUCGACCUCUAUGCAUUGGUCGUCUUAUUCCAGUAUCUGAUAUAAAUGACAAAGAGAAAAAAACAUCAGCAACAGAAGGGUGGGUGGUGUCUUCAGAAUCUUGUAGCUUUUUAUCUAUUGGUGCAAGGUAUUACCGUGAAGUCUUGCCUGGAGAAAUUGUGGAAAUAUCCAGACAUAAUGUCCGAACUCUUGAUAUUGUAUCAAGAUCUGAAGGAAACCCAAUAGCUUUUUGUAUUUUUGAAUAUGUUUAUUUUGCAAGACCAGAUAGUAUGUUUGAAGACCAAAUGGUUUAUACUGUAAGAUACCGUUGUGGUCAGCAGCUUGCGAUGGAAGCACCUGUGGAUGCAGAUUUGGUUAGCACUGUUCCAGAAUCUGCUACGCCCGCUGCUCUUGGUUAUGCAGGAAAGUGUGGACUUCCAUAUGUGGAGGUGCUAUGUAAAAAUCGAUAUGUAGGAAGAACCUUCAUUCAGCCAAACGUGAGGUUAAGACAACUUGGUGUUGCAAAAAAAUUUGGAGUAUUGUCGGACAACUUUAAAGGCAAAAGAAUUGUUCUUAUAGAUGACUCAAUUGUGAGAGGCAAUACCAUCUCACCCAUAAUAAAAUUGCUCAAAGAAUCUGGUGCCAAAGAGGUACACAUUCGAGUAGCUUCACCACCAAUUAGAUAUCCAUGCUUCAUGGGAAUUAACAUUCCCACAAAGGAAGAGCUUAUUGCCAAUAAACCAGAAUUUGAUCAUCUUGCAGAAUAUCUAGGAGCAAACAGUGUUGUGUAUCUGUCAGUAGAAGGACUGGUUUCAUCUGUACAAGAAGGGAUAAAAUUUAAAAAACAGAAAGUGGAAAAGCACCAUACUACGAUUCAAGAAAAUGGAAAUGUUCUGGAAUGUUUUGAAAAGAACGGUCAUUGUACAGCUUGUCUCACUGGAAAAUACCCUGUAGAAUUGGAUUGGUAGCUGUUAGGGGCGUUGUUUCAAAAUAUAAAGUUGGUCAAGAAGUUAUAGUGGUUACACCUUAUCCAUUUACUGUUACUCAUGUGGUAUAACAUAAAAAGCCACAUGCUUAUGUUUACCUUUGUAAGUUUUGAGAUUUUUUCUGAA